AUGGCUGAGGCUCCAGUAGAAUCUGCUCCAGCCCCCGUUGUCGAAGAACCGAAACCUACAACAACGGCUGAAAUUCCAGCAGAGCCUGUUCCAGCUCCAGCUGUUGAAGAGUCGAAGGCGACAACAACGGCUGAAGUUUCGGCAGAAGCAGCUCCUGCUCCUGCUGUCGAAGAAUCGGAGGCGACAAAAACGGCCGAAGCUGCAGCAGAAUCUGCACCAGCUCCUGCUCCAGUUGUCGAAGAAUCGGAGGCGACGAAGACGGCUGAAGCUGCAGCAGAAUCUGCACCAGCUCCUGCUCCAGUUGUCGAAGAAUCGAAGCCUGCAACAACGGCUCAAGUUCCAGCAGAAUCUACUCCUGCUCCAGCCCCAGCCCCAGCUGUCGAAGAACCUCAGCCGACAGCAGCUGAGGUACCAUCAGAAGCCGCUGCUCCUGCCAAACCCGAGAAGAGUGUCGAGCCAUCGGCGACAACACCAUUGUCCAAGCUCUUUGCCGAAUUACCCUCCAUCAUUAAGGAGGCUGACUAUCGAGAGAUGUGGGGCGUAGACCUCACUGAUGAUACCCACGUCCCAUCAGCCAUCAUUCUCGAGAAGUUCCUACGUGCCAACAACAAAGACGUAGUUAAAGCAAAAGCUCAGCUGCUUGAAGCUCUAAAGUGGCGGAAGCGCGUCCAACCCAUUCAACUUCUUGAGGCUGAGUUUGACCCGGCCAAGUUUGGAGGCUUGGGAUAUGUCACAAUAUACCCCAAGUCAGACACCCACAGCAAGGAAAUCGUUACGUGGAACAUCUAUGGAGCAGUCAAGGAUAACAAAGCAACAUUCGGAAAUGUCGAAGAGUUUGUAAAAUGGCGUGCCGCGCUCAUGGAAUUAUCAGUCAAAGAGCUUGAUCUUACAUCCGCAACAGAGAAGAUCCCAGAGAAUGGGCCCGACCCGUACCGGAUGAUUCAAGUGCAUGAUUACCUGAACGUGUCCUUCCUCCGCAUGGAUCCAACAAUCCGCGCAGCAUCAAAAGAGACCAUCCAGAUCUUCAGCAUGGCAUAUCCCGAGCUUCUGAAGGAGAAGUUCUUUGUGAAUGUGCCGUUGGUUAUGGGCUGGGUCUUCUCCGCCAUGAAGAUCUUCCUCAGUCCCGAGACGGUCAAGAAGUUCCAUCCGCUUAGUUAUGGCAGCAACUUGGCUGGAGAGCUCAAGAGCUUUGGACAGGAGCUCCCUGCUGUCUACGGUGGAAAGGGCAAAGAUGUAAAGGAUGGAAUGACGGUGAAAUAUGCUGCUGCAGAUGCUGCUGAAGGGCAGUAG